GACUAACGUGACCUGCCAGAACUAACGCUACACUUGAUAUUUAGCUGUAGAAAUCAUUGGCUCCAAUGUUCUAUAAGAUCUACUUAGCCUUCUGAUGCUUCUAACCCAGCUCUGGGUAGGCUUGAUAUAAUUUACAGCGUUCAGUGCAGCUCUUCUCGUAAUUCUUAAAAAGGGACCGUUCACUUGAAUAUUAAAAUCCAGUCCUUUCCUCACCCUGGUGUUGCUGUAAUGUGCCCUUUCUUUCUUUGUCGAACAAGACCAAGCAAGACAUUUUAAUUUCUCCUUUUGUGGUCUAAAAAUGUAUAGACUGAAUUUGAGUACGAGGUAUGAGGCGUUUCUAAUUUUAUGGGUGUUUUCACCUGCAGGGCUUUAAAUAGUAGCCUAUACACUAUUUGUGCUGAUUUUGUGCUACUCAUUUUCUUUCUAUUGUAAUUUCACAUUAGAAAACAGUACAUCGAUUAUAUCUAGUUUUUCACAACAACAAAUAAUGCUUUGCAAAAAGUAAGGGGACUAAGUACACAGUAGGCUACUAUUACAAUUAUAAUUACAUUAUGCAAUAUUACAUAGUAGGGGAGAGCAGGGUGAUUUGACCCCUUCUUAUGAUUAUAAAGUAUUAUUUUACUGUAAUGUAACUACAUUAUAUUUCAAUAAUUUUACACCAAACAUAAUUCUGGCCCAACUCACCCCGCUCGCUCGCCCCUAGUAUUCCAGAAAUAUGGCUUUUGCUAUUUCAAAUGGUUUUAUUACGUGACAUGUUUGAAAUAUAUGCAGUCUGCUCCCUGUUAUGAUAGUAAGGCUGUGUUGAACCCUGAAACAAUUGUUCAGCUCAUAUCGCCUAGGCCAUUUGUUUUGCAAGUUAUCUAGGGGUUGACCUUCACUGUCCUUGGGACAAAUCAACAGAUAAAGGGAUGAGGUUUUGUAAUCACAAUCUGUGCAAUUCACUUAAGACUUUGAGGGGGUGUGACGGCUCGGUAGGUCCCAUGACUUGAGUUGAGGUAAACGCCGCCCCAGAGGUCAGAGCACAUCUACACUCAUCCGUUCGGACUUGAAGCAGAAGUCAGCUGACCGCAGCUCAACACAGCCAUGUACUGUCUGGUCAAAUUUGCGCCGCUGUUUUUGGCGGUAGCCGUUUGCAAUGGCUGGCUCUUCGGCGACUUUGUAGGAAAACGGAGCGAGCUGGAUGAAAUCUCUCUCUGGCCGCUACCGCAGAAGUUUCAGUCGUCCGCCGUCGCUUUUAAACUCAGCCCCGCCAGGUUUCAGAUCGUCCAAGCGAAACAGUCCUCCGCCGGACCGAGCUGCAGCAUACUCGAGAAUGCGUUUCGCAGAUAUUUUGAAUACAUAUUUGGUGACCUGAAGAAGCCCGAGAAGAGCCGAAAGAAAGUGUAUGAUUCAGAUCUCGUGGAGCUUCAGGUAUGGGUCACAUCAGCUGAUCCGGAGUGCGACGGUUUCCCGAGUCUGCAAACCGACGAGUCAUAUGAGCUGUCCGUUGAUGAACCCUCUGCUGUGCUGAAAGCUGCUAAUGUAUGGGGAGCUUUGCGAGGACUGGAAACAUUCAGUCAGCUGGUCUAUGAGGAUGACUAUGGAGUCAACAACAUCAAUAAGACAGACAUCUCAGAUUUCCCACGGUUUGCCCAUCGGGGGAUCCUCCUGGACUCGUCUCGCCACUUCCUGCCACUCAAAGUCAUUUUGGCCAAUUUGGAAGCUAUGGCGAUGAACAAGUUUAAUGUAUUUCACUGGCACAUUGUGGACGAUCAUUCGUUUCCUUACAUGAGCCGUACCUUCCCCGAGUUAAGUCAGAAGGGAGCCUAUCACCCAUUCACGCAUGUGUACACUCCAUCCGACGUGAAGAUGGUCAUCGAGUUCGCUCGCAUGAGGGGGAUCCGCGUCAUCCCGGAGUUUGACACCCCAGGACACACAGAGUCAUGGGGCAAUGGCAUAAAGGAUCUGCUAACACCUUGUUACAGUGACUCUAGUCCUUCAGGAGCAUUUGGGCCGGUGAACCCCAUCUUAAACUCCUCUUAUGACUUCAUGACACAGUUUUUUAAAGAGAUCAGCACAGUCUUCCCUGAUGCCUACAUACACCUGGGGGGAGACGAGGUUGACUUCAGUUGCUGGGAGUCCAAUCCUGAUAUUCAGAGGUUUAUGGUGCAGCAGGGCUUUGGCACAGACUACAGCAAACUGGAGUCUUUCUACAUACAAAGGUUACUUGAUAUUGUGGCUGCUACCAAGAAAGGCUACAUGGUGUGGCAGGAAGUGUUUGAUAAUGGAGUGAAGCUGAAAGCCGACACACAGAUCCAUGUGUGGAAAGGCAGGCCGCAGUACCAGGAUGAGAUGGCGCAGGUCACGGCGGCUGGUUUCAAUGCUCUGCUCUCCACACCCUGGUACCUCAACCGCAUCAGCUACGGCCAAGACUGGGUGAACAUUUACAAAGCUGACCCCCAAAAUUUCACUGGCACAGAUGCACAGAAGAAGCUGGUGAUAGGUGGAGAAGCUUGUCUUUGGGGAGAGUAUGUGGAUGCUACCAACCUCACUCCUCGACUCUGGCCAAGAGCCAGUGCUGUCGCUGAGAGGUUAUGGAGUGAUAAAAGCGUGACAGAUGUGGAUAAUGCCUAUAAUCGUCUAGUCCAGCAUCGCUGCCGCAUGGUCAAGAGAGGCAUACCUGCAGAACCUCUAUUUGUUGGCCACUGCCGUCAGGAAUACAAGGGCUUAUGAACUUCAACAUUCAGCUAGACAAGCUAUUGACAAUAGACAAUUAAAGGGAAUAAAAGGACAACACUUUUUAAAAGAUAAAACCAUGUUAUUGAUUCCAGUAACUAUGAUUUGCUGUUUUAUGCACUGAGCCAGAUACUGCCAGAACUUAAUAUUUUUGAUUACUGGUUUUCAUUAUUAAAUGGACAGUUCUGUACAUCUGGAUUUUCUCUGUAGGCUUAAAUUUGAU